AUCAUUGUAUACAGACUGCCAUGGACCUGGAAAUGCAGCAAGCUCCUGAUGAAAUCCAUCCACGCGGGGUUACACUUCGUUGCAGCCAUUCUUGCCAUUAUUUCUCUGGUGGCUGUCUUUGACUUCCACAAUACGCUGAACAUCCCCAAUAUGUACAGUCUACAUAGCUGGAUUGGACUGACAGCUGUCAUACUCUUCAUGUCACAGCUUCUCCUAGGUUUUUUCAUCUUUCUGCUUCCUUGGGCUCCACUUUCUCUCCGAGCAUUUCUCAUGCCCAUACAUGUUUAUUCUGGACUUGUCAUCUUUGGAACAGUGAUUGCAACAGCCCUUAUGGGAGUGACUGAGAAACUGAUAUUUGCCCUGAAAACACCUGGCUAUAAUACAUUCCCACCAGAAGGUAUUUUUGCAAAUACCCUGGGCCUUCUGAUUCUGGUGUUUGGGGCCCUCGUGUUUUGGAUAGUCACCAGACCGCAGUGGAAACGUCCUAAAGAACCAGCUUCUCUCCGUCUUCAGCCAAACGGAGGCACUCCAGAGGGAGUGGAAGGCUCCAUGGCAAUCAACUUUGGCAACACGGACAAAUCAGGUUCAGAGUUAAGCAGUGAUGCAGCAGCCAGGAAAAGAAACGUUGCCCUUGAGGAGAGUGGUCCGAAGUCCACCAUGUAAGAUGUGGAGGUGGAGUCAUGUAACUUUGCUUUUAAAAACUAGCCCUACACUUUAGCGUCUCCUAUUUAGCCAUAAGAUGAUUGAGCUCCAUAGAGUUUAUAUUGUUUUAAUCAUAAAGUAGGAUUUCUUGAAAGAGUUGGUACUGAUCGAGGCCCAUGAACUUACCUGCAUUGGAAAGGAGAUGGUCAGUGUAAAUGAUAGCAGCUAUAAACUGUGGUUGUUACCUCUUGUUGAGGACCAAUGCAUCCUGUGCCUUGCAGAGCCCCGAUGCUCACACUGCAUCUGUCAGUUGGUAAAUGUGAUAAAGCGGCAGCCCUGGAAGUUCCUCCAAAACUCAACUUAGUCCCAAGGCUUCCCUGGGAUCUGGCACAUUUUAUGAUCCGGAUUCCAGACCCAAUUAAAUCAAGAAUGUGCCUGAAUUCUUAGGCAGCACCAACUGCUCUACAAACCUCCCAGAGCCCUUUCCCUCCAGUUUCUGUUUUCAUUUUAUUUUUUUAAAGUAGUUGCAUGGCACUUACUGUGUGCCAGGCGCUAUUCUAAGCACUUUAUAAAUUAGCUCAUUCGAUCUCCAGACAGACCUUAUGAGGUAGGGACUAUGAUUAUCUUCAUUUUACAGAUGAAAGAUCUGAAGCUUGAACUGGUUAGUAACUUGCCCCAACGUCAUAAGUGGUGGAACCAAGAUUCAAAACCUGCCGGUCUGGCUCCUCAGUCCAUGAGUCCCACCCCUUCACUGUGCCAUUUUUUUCUGUUUUAUACUAACCUGCACCUACUUUGACCCUCCCCUGAAUAAAUUUCUGGUGCUGGAGUGCGGUGGCGUGGUUAAUGGAUACCUUCUGGCUCUUUUUGCCAAAAUUCCUCAGAUAACCAAGGAAAAGGGCCUGGAAAUAGGUCCUGGGUGUCCUUGCACAGCCAACAAGCCAUGGUUUACCUUGAUGCCUCUUUGUUCUUAAAAUUGUGUCUUGAUGACGGAGGAAGUUUGGGCAAGAACAUCUGUAGCUUUCAAGAUAAUCAAUUGAGAUUUUUGUUCGUUACGAUCUUAGCUGCUGGACAGUUUCAGUUUGAGGAUGGGAGAGAGAGACUUACCUCAGGGUCUGCCGUUCGUGGCGCAGCAGCUGGGGUCCUUCCAGACUUGCCUGGAAUUUUAGGGGAUACCUUGAGCUUUGUGUUCUCAGUCGUGAAUUGCGACUCAGAGGAGACAACUUUCAUGCAUGGAGACCUCUCGGGGUUGACUUAAACUAAAACCUAGAGCAGUGUCUAUGCUGAAGUGAUGGUUUUCAUUUGCGGGUCGAUUUUCGGUUUCCCUGCCAUGUUAAACUGGAGCACUUUAAGAAGGAUAAAAACCUUACAGUUUUAUAGCAAAUACACUUGACUUUUUUAGUGCUUAGUGGAUUUCCUCUUAGGAUAGCUGGUAAUUACUUCUAUAGAUUGAAUAUUGAAUGCACUCUACCACAUCCCUUAAGCUUCAUGGAUAACCAUUCAAAAUCCCCUCUCUGAAACGCUGUUUUCUUAUGUAAUUCUAUUUCCAAAAUUGGUAAUAGUGUCAGUUUAAUAUCGGUAGAGCAGGCUAGGUAAGAGGAACUCCAUUGCCACACACAGACAAUUGAUAAAUGGAUACUUCAUUACAUGGAGCGGUACAGAAUUCCAGGGGUUUUAGAGAGGAAGGGUCAGUGAGAUCCUCAAAAGUUGAAACUGCCAUUCCAUUUUACAUAGGCCAAGAAAGGGGUAAUUAGUGAAAAGUUAAUUAUGGGUUUGGUACUAGAACAUUCUGCUCCAUUGCAAACUAUGUGAGCACCCCUCAUCUCAGCCCUUUCUUUUGUCUUUCUUUCUGGCUAAUGUGAGGGUAAUCUUACAGAUAUUAUAGGAGCUUCUUUCCGUUCUUUCUCAGCCUUUAUGAAAACAAUGCAUGGCAAAAUAUACCUAGAAAAACUUUCUCUUUGAGACUUUUUUAAAUGGGCUUCCUAUUCUAAAGAUAAUUGCACCUUUAUCUUUCAAAAGCUAAUAUUUUCUACCUAAAGCAUCUCCCCCAAAAAUAUCUCAUUAAAAAGCCCACAAGAAAGAAUAGGGGAGAAGAAAGCCUUAGGUAUCAAUUCCAAAACAGUGACUGAGCUCCCCACUAACAAUUAUAGCUUCUGUCAUCUGCAGAGAUCAUCUGGCUUGGUUUACCCCAUAAUCUAAUUUCAGGGGGGAAAGUUUUAUUUUAACACUCAUCUAAAUCCACACUAACGCCUUUUCUCUUGGAGGGUUUAUUGAGAAGCUCAAAUGAAUAUACGUUUUGAUUUAAUGUUAUCAAGUGUGCAGCUUCUUAUGCUCCUUGUGUCAAACUGAGUCCACCUCCCAAGGGACUUCUCUUUCUUCUCUUUGUGUGUAUACAUUUGAGCUGUGAUGGUGAGGAACAGCAUUGCAGGCCUUACAAUCAAAUGACAAAGGAGGCAAUUGCACCUUUUAAGGGAUACUGACGAGUGGUGUAUGUUUUCUAAAGGACAGAGUAAAGAGGGUGUCUUGUUUUUAAUUAGGGUCGUUCCCAGCCGAGUUGGAAAUUCCAGUGCAAUACUGGUUGACCGCAGCUGCCAAAUCUAAAAGCUCAAAGAUGAAGUAGAGCUUUCUGCUAGUUUUAUUGCAACAUGAUAGAAUUUUUCUCUUAGAAAGUCCUUUUUUCAGGUUU